CUUCAUUCCCUCUUAACUUCUACCUCCUGCCUUGUCCUUUUUGUGUACCGGUGUUUUGCCUGUACAACUCUAUUCCUUCACUCCUAAUCUUAUCGCCCCAUCCCACUUCCCCCCCCUUCAGUCUCCCUCCCCCCCCAUACACCGCCACCAUGUCUGCCCGUCCUCAGAAUAUUGGUAUCAAGGCCAUUGAGGUCUACUUCCCUAGCCAGUGUGUUGACCAGGCCGAGCUCGAGAAGUUCGAUGGCGUCAGCCAGGGCAAAUAUACCAUUGGUCUCGGCCAGACCAAGAUGAGCUUCUGUGAUGACCGUGAGGAUAUCUACUCUAUGGCUCUCACCACCCUGUCCUCCCUUCUGAAGAAGUACGAGAUCGACACCAAGUCGAUUGGCCGCCUCGAGGUCGGUACCGAGACUCUGCUGGACAAGUCCAAGUCCGUCAAGUCCGUCUUGAUGCAGCUGUUCAAGGACAACACCAACGUCGAGGGUGUCGAUACCGUCAACGCCUGCUACGGCGGUACCAAUGCCGUCUUCAACAGCAUCAACUGGGUCGAGUCCUCGGCCUGGGAUGGCCGUGACGCCGUCGUCGUGUGCGGUGACAUUGCCCUGUACGCCAAGGGCGCCGCUCGCCCCACCGGUGGUGCCGGCUGUGUGGCCAUGGUCAUCGGUCCCGAUGCCCCCAUUGUGUUUGAGCCCGGUCUCCGUGGCAGCUACAUCACCCACGCCUAUGACUUCUUCAAGCCCGACCUUUCCAGCGAGUACCCCGUCGUGGACGGUCACUUCUCCCUCCAGUGCUACACUGAAGCUGUCGAUGCUUGCUACAAGGCCUACGCUGCCCGUGAGCAGACCCUGAAGGGUCAGAAUGGCAUCAACGGUGCCAAGGACGACGAGUCCAUGACCGCCCUGGAUCGCUUUGACCACAUCCUGUUCCAUGCCCCUACCUGCAAGCUGGUCCAGAAGUCCUACGGCCGCAUGCUGUACAACGACUACCUGGCCAACCCGACCCACCCCGCAUUCGCUGAGGUUGCCCCUGAGCUGCGGGAGGUGGGCUACAGCGCCUCCCUGACCGAUAAGAACGUGGAGAAGACCUUCAUGGCCCUGACCAAGAAGCGCUUCGCGGACCGUGUCCGCCCCAGUCUGGACGUUCCCACCCUGUGUGGUAACAUGUACACGGCCACCGUCUACGCGGGUCUGGCGAGCUUGAUCACCAAUGUCAAGUUUGACCCGAGCGAGCAGAAGCGCGUCGCGCUCUUCUCCUACGGCAGUGGUCUCGCUGCUUCCAUGUACAGCGCCAAGGUCGUCGGUGACAUCUCUUACAUGGCCGAGAAGCUCGACCUGCAUAACCGUCUCAACGCCCGUAACGUCCUCGAGCCCCAGGCUUAUGACGAUAUGUGCCAACUCCGUGAGCAUGCUCACCUCAAGAAGAACUUCCAGCCUGCCGGUAGCGUUGACACGCUGGUUCCGGGAACCUACUACCUGACCAACAUUGAUGACAUGUUCCGUCGCCACUACGCCAUCAAGGAAUAGAUCAAUCCUCUGGACAUGAUCGACCAUCUCCUUUUCCUCUUCUCUUCUCUUCUCUUCUCUUUUCUUAUAUUCCCUUUUUCCUCUUUCUAGACGGCUCACUAGAUUCCCUACCCGUUACGACUCUUUUUUU